GAGAGAGAGGGUUUUCUUUUUCUCUUCUAGACGAAAGGCGAACCUCAAAAACCAGAAAUCGAAAGAUGAUGCUUGGCUGCGAGGAAUGAACGAAGGAGGAUCGAAGCCAAAAUUUUCUUUCUCUGGUUUUCUCGUCAUCCGUUCUCUCAAUCCCCAACUCUAACCCUAACAUCAAUCUAUCGCCGAUCGCUGCUACCGAUGCUACGGAAUUGAUCCGCAAUCUCUCGAUCGUGAGGGGAAAGAAAGGAUGCCGUCGCACGCGGAUCUUGACCGGCAGAUCGAGCAUUUGAUGGAAUGUAAGCCUUUGCCCGAGGCCGAGGUGAAGGGUUUGUGCGAGCAGGCUCGAGCGAUUCUCGUCGAGGAAUGGAACGUACAACCAGUGAAGUGCCCCGUUACCGUCUGUGGUGAUAUCCACGGUCAAUUCCAUGAUCUCAUCGAACUGUUUCGAAUCGGUGGGAACGCUCCCGAUACCAAUUACCUCUUCAUGGGCGACUACGUAGAUCGUGGGUACUACUCUGUAGAGACUGUUACCCUUUUAGUGGCCUUGAAAGUCCGUUAUAGAGAUAGGAUUACAAUUCUAAGAGGAAAUCAUGAGAGCCGGCAAAUAACCCAAGUGUACGGGUUCUAUGAUGAAUGCUUGAGAAAAUAUGGAAAUGCAAAUGUGUGGAAAUAUUUCACUGAUCUUUUUGAUUAUCUACCCCUUACAGCCCUUAUUGAGAGCCAGAUCUUCUGUUUGCAUGGUGGACUCUCUCCAUCUUUGGAUACUUUGGAUAACAUUCGUGCUUUGGAUCGCAUACAAGAAGUUCCACAUGAGGGACCCAUGUGCGAUCUCUUAUGGUCUGAUCCAGAUGAUCGAUGUGGAUGGGGAAUUUCUCCGCGAGGAGCUGGGUACACAUUUGGACAGGAUAUCGCAUCACAGUUCAACCACACCAAUGGACUCUCCCUUGUUGCAAGGGCCCAUCAGCUUGUCAUGGAAGGUUAUAACUGGUGUCAGGACAAGAACGUGGUGACAGUAUUCAGUGCACCAAAUUAUUGUUACCGGUGUGGGAACAUGGCUGCAAUACUUGAAAUCGGGGAGAACAUGGAUCAGAAUUUCCUUCAAUUUGAUCCUGCCCCUAGACAGAUUGAACCUGACACCACACGCAAGACUCCUGAUUAUUUUUUGUAAUUUCCUUAUCUUUGCCACUUGUUGGUAAUGCUUCUUAUUUCCUGUUGUGUUUUUAUAGAUGUGUUUUAGCAAGGAGUUUUGUUAAUUAGAGAACAGAUCAUCACCAUCAUCAUUCUUUUGUUUGGAGUUGUCCUGCUGCUGUCCAUGGCGUGCUUAAUUAGGGAUACUUUGAAAGGCCUUACUGGGCAUUUGUUAUGUAUUCUUAAAAGUGGGGAAAAAUAGAAGAGGGAAGUAAAAAUAACAAGAUGCCUAGUCUCUUGCUUGAUAUGU